AUCGCGCCUUUCUGCUGAAGUCAGUCAGUUAAUAUCUCAUCGAUAAGUGUUUUAAUCGUAUUAUUGCUUGUUAUCCAACCUACUGGAUUAACUUGAAUUAUGGAGGUAGAUUCUGGCGAUGCCGUUGUCCCGAGAAGUACCGUUACUCCUUCUAGUCAGGUAUUUAAUGGUUCAAAUUAUCCUCGGAUUAAAGUGAGACAUGAAAACUUGUGUGAUGACUUUAUUUUGGAGGAAAAUCAUUUUACUUCACAAUAUUUUCCAUUUUAUGUUGCUCGAUUAAAAACACUCAAACCGCUCAUUCAAAAAUUAGCUGUACAAAAAUGGGGAACUAACGUUCGCUUCUCGUCAAUGAGUGAGAUGAAUGAUAAAGAUGAUCCAAGAGUAAUUAUCAUUGGAAUUCUGUUUAAAAAGAUGGAAAAUCAACCAACGGUUCUGAAAGAAAUUAGUUCGGAGGAUAAUCAAAUAGUUCCACAAUCUACUGCUGAUUGUUACAUUGACGAUACAGAUUAUUUAAUUUUACAAGAUGAGACAGAAAACGUAAGAUUAUCCGGAAAUAUUUCUAUACAUUCUCAUGUCACUGGAAUCGUUGUUGGACUCAAGGGCUGUGUCAAUCCUGACGGAAAUGAUUUUAUCGUGGAAGAAAUUUGUUACCCAAGCCUGCCGAGUCCUUAUGUUGAAAAACUACCACCAAUUGAAACAAAGUACAUUUUACUAUUAUCUGGUCUUGGUUUCAGUAAAAAUCCUUCAUCUCAAUUGUGUAAAGCCACCGAUCUUUUAAAGAGUUUCAUUACUGGAUUUUUAAGACCAGAAGAUGCUGAAAAGUCGCAAAAGAUUAGUCGAGUUAUCAUCGCCGGUAAUUUGAUUGGAGAAAAGGUUCGUGCAGAAGAAUUAGCUAAGGAUGAAGCCCAUGGAAAACCUUGGUUGAAGCAGUCGAAACCAUUUUUCGUUGACAUUAUGGAGAAAGUAGACAGUUUCCUAGUCGAGUUUGCUCGAACUAUUGGUGUUGAAAUAAUGCCAGGCCAUACAGAUCCCACCUGUCAACCAUUACCUCAACAACCUAUGAGUCCAUGUAUAAUACCUAAAAGUAGCACACUUGAUAGUAUUCAUUGCGUUUCUAAUCCUUAUUGUGGUGCAUAUGAUUCUCGCCUGUUCAUUGGAAGCUCUGGUCAAAACAUAGAUGACAUACGAAGAUUCAGUAAUCUCACUGAUCCCAUCGAAAUAAUGGAGAAAACUGUUAUUUGGUCUCAUCUCGCUCCUACAGUACCGGACACUCUUCCUGGAUUAAAUGUGAAACCUGACAAUCCUGAAGAUCCAUUUAUAUUGACUAGAUUACCCGAUGUCUAUUUUGUUGGCAAUCAAAAAGAAUUUUCCACUUCAUUCAAAGAAAUGGGAAACAGACAUAUUCGUUUUAUCAGUAUACCUAAAUUUGAAACUACAUUUACCGGUGUUUUAUUGAAUCUCGCAGACCUUACUUGUGAAAAAAUAUCAUUUGGUUAAAUAACGUCAUCAAAUUACCAAAGAUAUAUUUAAAUAUUGCUGUUCAGUCUCCUUCACCCACAAUUUGAAUGGAAAGCAAAAAAUAAAAAUUAGAUAAUGAUUUUA